UGACUGACAGCUACAGCAACAAUCGGUAGGCAUUGUCAAUUUGAAAGUCAAGUCACAAAAUCAUUAUUACAGUGCUGUGAAUAAUCAGGACCAUUUAACAAAGGCUCCGUUGAAUAAGCGUCUUCUCCAACCGUUAAAUAAAGCAGAAAAGAAAAUAUACGUGACUCCAAACAUGUUGAAGACAUUAUUUCAUCUAUUUGGAGCCAUCCAAUUUUUCUAUGGAUGUUACUAUGAUUAUGUGUACGUUAAAAUGCCUUUAUCAUAUAUAACACCUUACGGAGGGAAAUUCAAGUACUUAACUUAUUUAGAUGCGAUGAUACAAACCACAUACUUUACACUGGCCCUGAUCAAUGAUAUUGUUGGUACCAAUGAACCUUCACCAUCACAGAAGCCCCUUAUAAGAAGAGUUAAGGACACCGUUUUUAGUUCUUUAGCUUUCCCGUUGGCACUAUUUGUUGGAGUAUCAUUCUGGGGCAUAUAUGCUGUUGACAGAGAAUUAAUUUUGCCCAGAAGUAUGGAUGAAUUCUUCCCAACAUGGCUUAAUCAUGUGAUGCAUUCAAACAUAGUUGUGUUCAUACUGAUUGAACUACUUACAUCAUUCAGAAUGUACCCCAAAAGGAAAGUGGGCCUGUCUAUUCUUUCUUUCUUUAUGAUUUGUUAUUUAGUUUGGGUACAUGUUAUUUACUACAAUACUGGUUUUUGGGUGUACCCUAUCUUGCAUGUCUUGAACUGGCCUUUGAGAAUAGGUUUCUAUUUAUUCUGUCUUGCAUUUGCAAGCUGUGGAUAUAUUUUAGGAGAAAGAGUAAACAGGGCAGUUUGGUCCUCUGAAGUUGAGAAAACUGUAAGAUCCGGAAAGAAAAAGGCCAAAUAAUAACAACAUAGCAACAAUUUAGAUAGUGUAGCCUAGUGAUAACCUCACUCAAUGUUUUGAGGUUUGUUAGUAGGAUUAAUUUGUUUUAAUUGGUGCAUGGUUACAGAAGUAAGUAAAAGGUUUGGGAAAUAUAUAGAUACAGAAUGUGUUUUCUGAAUGGGCAAAAUUUGAAAGUGGCAGGCAUAGAAACACUGCUGCUGAUGUGAUUUAAACGUAAAUACAUUUUAUUGGUGAUUUUAUUUAAAAGUGAUAAAAAUAACCCCAAUUGAGAAACCAACAUAAAAAUGUAUUGUAUCAGUAAUUUGAUUCCUAUAUUUAUAUUAUAAACAUUUGUAGAUCAUUCUUUCUCACAAAAUAAUAUGCAUUUGUUCAUUGAUAUUAAGAUAAAGUAAACUUAAUUGGCUUAAAUUUUUUAUUUUAUGUUUAGUCAAUAAUAUUUUGUUUUAUUGAUUAAAGUGGUCUAGUAAGUACUAUCGACCUUUGUCAUUUAUUCCUACAAAAUAUUGUCUUGAGAGUUCACAACAAAUUGUAAUUGUUAUUAAUAGCUGUGCCGUGCAGCUGUUAUGAAUUGUACUUAUUGUUAAUAUCUUCUGUGCCGUUUCUGCUAAAAGUUUGUAUUUAAAUCUUUCAAGUUUCAUGGCCUAUUUGUAAAAAAUAAAAACAUUCUUAACCAAACAGCCCAUGACACACACAAACAUAGGUACCUAACAAUAGCAUUCAAUUCAUAAAACUGCAACUGUCUAUAACUGUGUUUUAAUUCAGUAAUUCUCAAACAAUUAAAUACCAUUGUGUGAACAAGGCUGUUUAUUAUACUGGAUUGUUCUCAAGCGACUCAUUUCGUAAUUACGUAAUCAUUCAUUGAGAUAACCGAUAACGCCGAUAACAUUAUACACAAACAUUGGUUGUGAAUGUAUUCAGCAAUAAAGUAUACAAGAUACGAAAAGGUACAUCAUUGCGUACCUACCUCGCCUUUAGCGAUAACUAUUUAGCGCAUGAUAUAUGCGUUUCAUAAGUAAAAUAACGUACAAGUAGGUAAGUUAAUACAUGUUACUUAAUUAAAAAGAUGAUCCACCAGAAAGGUGUUGUUAGUGUACUAAUGAUAAAUUCUAUCGGAAAUUUUUAGAAUUCAAGUUUCAAAAAAUACUUGUCACCAUGACUAGAUGUUACUUACCAAUAAAGAUACUGAGCUCAGUGUCUCUUGAUAAUUAUUGCAUCAGCAUUUAUUUACGAAGAUAGCUUUAAAAUAAAACCAAUUUCUUAACUAAAAAUGUGUGAACUGCUUAUGGCUUGAUUAUUGUGCAAAUGUGAAUAAUUGUUAACUUAAAUAAACUACUUAUGUAAUUGGGAUGUGUUUCCUAAAAGUUUAUCGAGAUUAAGCUGUAGGAUGGUAAAUACGUUAAAUAAGGAAAUGCUUAAAUACUCUGUAGUAACAAAUUGUUAAAAUAAUUUUAAGGAAAAAUACUCUAGUAAUUGUAUUUAUUAUUAUAUUAUUUUGUUUGGUACAGACGUCUUCAUUAAUAGGAUAAUUACUUUUUUAUUACGUAUUUAUAACCACAAAGCAUCUGUAAACACAAACUUUAAACACUUUAAAUUCACUGAAACAUGAAUAAUUAACAUACUUUACUCAAUUUUAAUAACAGAAAAGAGACGCACGUAGGCUGUCACGUCAACGCUAUAAGGUUGCGCAUGUUAAUUGCGAUAUAUCACCAUAAAAAAAAAAAAAACUAAAAAGCAACCUUAUUUAAAAUGAAAAUCUUAUAGAAGUGUUCAUUUCUGGAGUCGGCUGUACUAAUACAUUCCACAAAACAAUGAUAUGCUUUAUAACGUAGAAUUAUUUAAUUUAUUAUUUUAUUCUUAUCUGAUCUGAUAAACGUUGUAAUUCUAACUAUUAAUGAACAAACACCAUUUAUUUAUCUGAUAACGUAGGUCUAGAUAUGAAAUUAUUUUUUAAAUCCAGUAAUGAAUAAAAAUACUGUUAAUAUAAAAAAUGUUUUUGGCACGAUACUAAACGUUGAAAAAUUGUGUAAUGUUUAGGUAAUGAUAGAUUUCUAAGUAGUGACAGCCCUCUAUAGCAUUUGCUAGAUACGAAUUGUUAUAGAUACUUGGUCCGAAAUUAGAGUAAGUAGGCUUUUGAUGCUUCGUUAUUCUUAUGGACCACGGUGGUCCCUAUAAGUGAUCUUGCUAAAUUGUGGUAUCUCUUAGGAAUAUCUAAUAAGCACUGGAUGAUAAAGGCGCAACUGUAACGGUUUUCAAUGAUUUCUCUAACAUAUUCUCGUAUCCUUUUAAAAAUCUAAAAAUCUCUUGAUAACAUAACGAACACUUUUUUAUUACUCUAGAUAUACGACCAGUUCUGUCCAUUAAUUAUGGAAAUGAUGUAAAAACCUAUGAGUCAAGGUCCAAAAAUGUAAACUUUUCAAUUAAAUUACUAAUAAACUGGGCUUCCCAGUACAAAGUUGAAAUUCAAAUGGACUUUGCAACUAAAAAAUCCUAUCUAGUGGAACUGCCUGAUAAAGUAAGAUUUCAUUGUUAUCAAAAACGCUUUUACAAACAACAGGAUUGGACUUUGAUAGUUUGUUUUCUGAAGAAUCAUUGUGGCAACCAAGAUAAAUUUUACGUGCAUUUUUAUUUGACCUUUGGUGCCUACCUACUUAUCUACUGUGGUCGAGUGCCUAUUUUGCCUAAAAUAAUGAAGUGUUCAAUCACUUAUAAACUUUAGCAACCGAUCACUAUCUAUAAGAAAGCAAUACAUUUUAUAAUAAAUAAAUUGUUUAUAUGAUUA